CGCUCUGUGUGUUUUGUGUGUGUGUGUGUGUUUGUGUGUGUGUAUGUGCUAGCUAUGAAUGAAUCAUACCAUAUACUCUACUGCAUUUUUUCUUCAUGACAACCCGUCCACAGUGACAUUUAGUCUCUCUUUUGUGACCAUUUUAACAAGCAAAGUCUCUUUUUUCCCACAGAAUAUGUGUUUCUUCUUCUAUUCUGGUGUGAUUAAGACUUGUUAAUAUUAUUGAUUAGGACAGCAAAGUAGCCAUCACUUUAAUUGCUAUGCAGCCUGUGGUAGAUUGACCCUUACAGUUGCAGGCAGCCUGUGAUAGGGUCUGGGGAUAGAGACUAUCAACAUCUAGUUAAUCUGAUACUGCAUAAGUGUAGUGUGUGCGUCAUUGCUGCAUUCAGAUAUUCCAUGGAAAGCCAGUGUGACAUUGCAACUACGUUCUCUUUUCCCCGCACUGUGUGGGGGUAGGUCGGUCAUCUACGUCUUGGGCUUCAGGGAAAAAAAGAAACCCCAAAAAAAGUCUUCUUGGUAUUUGUUUUACAGAAUUUUCCAUUACUCAAGAUCCUGGUUGUUGCCACCCAUUUCAGUCAGACUCGAUCAUCCGUGCUCCAGUAAACAUAUUGUAUUGUCUGUCUCUUGGUGCUCGUUCUUCUGUGCGGUUCAUUGUUGAAUACACUCUGUAUCUUGGAACGUCCGUCGUCGUGUAGAUUGAUGCCACUGCACUGAAGGCAUUCAUCAUUGUGCAUUUUACAUGAGGAGUGUACAUGUACAUGGUGACGUUUUACAUUGUCUAACCAGGCCCAUACUGAAAAGGAUUUACCAUAAAGCUUGGAUUAUGUCACAUUCACAUGCCACUUAAGAAAAGGGGCUCAGCUUGGACGGAAGCAUCACAUCUUGUACAGAUAAGUGUCGAGAAGAAGACGAUUCACCUGAAUAGAUAGAUAGUCAUCUCGCUGCUCUAAGGCCAUCACGGAAACAUCAGAAUUUUGUCUUGCAUUGUUUUGUCUCUUCCCGCAAGAGAGCUUGGAGUACCUUUCUAUUCUUAUCAGGGGAUCUAACGGUGCUCAUCAGGACAUUCGUUUCCUAAAGGUAAAAAGAAGGAGAAGGCAAUAGGGGGAGUGAGCUAAUGGGAUGCAAUACCUGCCACGAUUGCGAACAACCAGUAUCGUGGAGUUGACUAUGUCAUCGAGUUUGAAUAGGAACGGAAGGAAUGCUAGAGAGAUGAUCAUGUGACUUCAUUUUGAUCAGGUGACAGUGUGCAGUGGUUGAGGAAGGAGUCUUUGGAUUAGAUUACUUGUAGAAUUUCUUUCUCUCUGGAAACAACAGAUAUUCUAACAUACAUGGAAGCUUGAAGUAAAGCGAUCGUUUUUACUAUUUUUUGAAAUUCAAACCUUAUCGAGGUUAGACUCAUGCAACUCACAAUGAAAUCUGCCGACAUGGACACCCGAUCAGUACAGUCUGGAGGUUCUCAGGCCAACAGUAUAGACUCCACCGUCUCCAAGCACCGGAAGCAAGGAGGCGGGUUCUUCCGCUUCUGGUCGGGGCGAUCCAAGCCGCGCAAGAGCAGCACCGACUCGGUCCACAGCGGCGGCGGGCUCGGCACUCCGCGGAGCACGCGACAGGUCGGUCGCUCGCGCAGCGCAGCGGCUUACAUCAACAGCACCUCCAAGAAGGGGGCCGGCACGAUCGAGUGCCCCUUGUGCCUAAUGGAACGCCCCAAGGAACAGUUUCCGGACAUCAUCACCUGCGACCAUCGCUCGUGUCGGGAGUGCCUACGACAGUACCUGAAGAUUGAAAUCACGGAGAGCCGAGUGAACAUUGCGUGUCCGGAAUGCGCCGAGCCUCUCCACCCGAAUGACAUUAAACUUGUGUUGCAAGACAGUGCUCUUAUGGAUAAAUAUGAGGAGUUCACGUUACGGAGACUACUCAUGAUGGAUCCGGAUUGUCGAUGGUGUCCGGCGCCAGACUGUGGAUUUGCUGUCAUAGCAACUGGUUGUGCAAACUGCCCUCAGUUGUCCUGCCAGCGCCAGGGUUGCGGAACGAGUUUCUGCUACCACUGCAAGCAGCUAUGGCACCCUAACCAAACCUGCGAUGCCGCCAGACAGCAACGCCUGGGGAUCAUUCGCAAAACGUCUCUCAGUUACAGUCAAGGGUCGUCCUCACAGGAUCAGAUCAAACAGUGCCCUCGUUGUACAGCAUUAAUCAUCAAGCUUGACGAUGGCUCGUGUAAUCACAUGACCUGUGCCGUCUGCGGAGCCGAGUUCUGUUGGUUGUGUAUGAAGGAGAUAUCGGAUCUCCAUUAUCUCAGCCCCUCUGGAUGUACUUUCUGGGGGAAGAAGCCAUGGAGCCGCAAGAAGAAGAUCCUGUGGCAGCUUGGCACACUCGUAGGAGCUCCUGUGGGCAUAGCCCUGAUUGCUGGAAUAGCCGUUCCAGCCAUCAUCAUUGGCAUACCAGUCUAUGUCGGAAGAAAGGUGCAUGCCAAGUAUGUCAGUAUGCCCCGACAUCGUCGUAAUCUGGCCAUCGCUGGUAGUGUGUCCCUCUCCAUCAUCGUCUCACCAGUGAUUGCUGCCCUCACAGUUGGAAUUGGUGUGCCUAUCAUGCUGGCCUAUGUAUACGGAGUGGUGCCCGUCUCACUCUGCCGUAGCGGCGGAUGCGGGGUUAUCACGGGUUACAGCGGAGGAGUGCGCAUCGCUCUCGAUGAAGAGAAUGACGUCGGUAUGGCCGGAUCAGACAACAGAUCAGAAAACAACCCAGAGGUGAACAGCGUGGCAGCGAACGCGAGUAUAGGAGAGGCGAGCGUCCUCAACCGAGAGAGUACGAGCCAUCUAGAGGUCGCAGGUGUCAUGACGGACGAUACCGUGAGCGACAACGCCAGUACAAGGGCCAUCGCUGGGGCCAGUCUAACAGGGAGCCUAUCGGGCAGCGGGGGCGUGGGGCCACUUGUCCUUAAUAGCCACCACAGGAUGGAUAUUCAUAAUGAAGUAGUUGGCAAGAGACUGAGUCUGAGUAGCGACACAACCUUUGAUGCCUACGCCUCUGCAAACGAUAGAGAUUACCAAAGUUUGAAGAAUGGGGCAUCCAACACACCGCUGGAAGUUCACGUCGACAUUGAGGGAACUUCCUAUCCUAUAUCUCGCCACAACAGCAGUGGGAGUAACAACAGUACUGAGCACGGCGGACCGGGGACAAGUGGAUCUUCCAGGACAUUCACAUCCUCCCUCCGCAAUGCCACUAACAUUGGAGAGGACUUUAACGGUCAAGUGGUCGAAGGGGACGUGUGGGAGCUGAAGACGAGUGCCAAUUCACCGGUGAUGGCUGCAAGGGGCGCAACCGCUCCUGCCUCCACCUCCAAGACAACCACAACAAGUGCCAUGCGCAAGAGCUCUAAGAGUAAGGCUUCGUCGCGAAGCGGGAAGCGCAGCAGCGUCAAGAUCAGCGAUCGCAUCUCAGAGGCGCCCUCCCCCUGCCCCGAUGCCGUCAGCAUCAACGAUUCCUUAAAUUCGGAGCUGAGCGCCGUUCUAGCCGACGGCGAGUGCCACUCUGAGACGAGCUCGUCGUCCAACGUGGACGCUUCGCUUCCGCUGGGUGAGGCCAAGCUGAAGGGCGACUUAUCGAGCAGCCAGAGCUCCUCCCAUGGCUUCCAGCUGAACGCCAAGGACAGUCAGUCGUCACUCACGGAGGUGGAGAACGAUCGCCCGGGAAGCGGGAUGCUAAUACGUGAUGUCUGUCACUCCUCCUCUAACUCUGUUAAUGUGUCUUUAAAUAGAGUCAUCACCACCGACUUGUGAUAAGUGGUGUGGAGGUGACUUGGUUAUGAGACCAUUUACACUGCUUAACUUAUGUAUUGUUUCAAGAUGUAUAGCCAUGCAUUGUGAUGCGUACCAGUGUUGCAUUCAAAUACAGUGUGCACAGGCUGUACUUAUCAUUCAUCUUGUACUUAAGAAUUAACAAAAUAUAGUAUGCAGCCUAGUCAUAUAAAGACUCAGUUUUAGUAGGAUAAUAUUGAGAAUUUAAUUAUUCACUGCAGUGUUGAUGGUCCGUAACCUCCAGUGUCCUUACUUCAUGAUCAUUUCUCACUCUAAUUUUCAUUUUAUGUGCCCACAAAUAUUAAACCUUACAUAUUUCAACAAGCGAAUUUAAAUAGCCAUCUGAAGAUGAACGUCAUUGGCAAAUGUUGAAGACAAUUCAUAGCUGUAUCCAAUGGGUUUCAAUGUGAGUUUGUUCUAUUGGCACGCGAUUAUUCUUUUCAUGCGAUAGGGCUUUUGAAACAUGUCAGGAUUUUUGUUCAUGGCAUUCUUACGCACUUGUACAAUGCGAGAACGAGCAAGUAUCAACAGUGACAACUCACAAGCUUUUGCUUCUCAGUUUAGAAACACUACGCAUACACCCUUGUGUAACAAAAAGGCAUGAGUAGUAUAGGCUUCUUAAUACUGCUACGUAGUUGCAUCUAAGUGUAUAGUGCAAUGUAAAUGUCCACUUUCAGCAGAAAUUAUGCCACAAAACCAAAAACAAUGUCCCUGUUGGUAUACAUUUCAACUUGUCGGACCUUUGAAAAAGGAGUAUUUACAAGCUUUUCUGUUGUUCUUUGCGGGGUAGAGAUACACUGUAAACUUACGACAUGGUCAACUGCUACUAGUGAAAUUACCUCUUUUUCUUGUGUAUUAUGUGCACUUAUUGUAUGAGGAUUACGUCCGUUUGAGCAAGAAGGGCAUUAACUCAAUCAUUUCAAACAGAGUUAACAUCCUUCUGGCUCCAAAUAGAUGAUAAUGUUGUGAUGGUUAGAUGAAACGGAAGUCCGAUUUUGACUAAAACCUUGAUUUGAAUUGAGCUGGAAUGCGAUCGGGAGCAUCAGUCUCGUAAGUGUUUUAUUUGAUGUAAUAUGUCUUGUAGAGGUUUUAGUACUGGAUUGUAUAAAGUAUAGUAUCUGUAUAUAUGUGUGACAAAAUAGUAUGUUAUAGCUUCAUGUUUCGUUUUUUAAGACGUUCUAAUUGCAACAGAAAUUUACGGGCUCUGGGAGUCUCAAGUUUAUCAUGAUGAUGGCUUCUAAGUAGAUCUGGAUUACUUUUUGAAAUGAUCGUUUAUGAAUUUGAAAAUGACUCGUAACUAUUUCAUGUUUCAUUCAAAAACCAUCACACGUAACCAUAAUGAAUGAUUGAGUGUAUAUUAAUUGAAAUAACAGGAUUUAUUUGGGUUUCUUUUUAGGUCAAUGCAAGAAGGGGUGGAGAUAUAGUACUGAUUCUUAUUGAUUGUAAAAAAUAAAUGACACAUUUAUAAGUGAAUGUUAAGUAUAUUGUGUAUGUAUAUUUGUGCUUUUUCCUAUUAUUUCUGAACAUUUAUACAUUUCUUUUGUUGGCUGAGAUAUAUUAGUGUCAUGAUGUGUGUACAUUAGAAGACUAUAGGAACGUUACAUGUAUCGAACAUUAGAUGAUGACAUUUUUGUUUUAAUUCAAUAUAUUCUAAGGUACGGGUUAAAAUUAUUGAAGGAACCAAAUGUAGAUGUGUACUUUGAAAUAAAACAGACUAAUAUUGUGGUAUUAUAAAUUUUGAUAAACACAUGAAAAAUGGUUACAAUAUUGUUUUCUGAAAUUUCUGCGCUUUUUUUGUUGGUUUUAUUGUCAUGAUCAAGGAAUUACCUUGUUGUAAAAAAUAGUUUAAAAAAGGGAACACUUGUAAUGGAAUGCAUCAACAACAUUGUAAAUUUACUUUUAAAUAAUUUUCACCAUCAGAUGAUCAUUUUGUUUCUGUGAGCCAGAGUUGAUAUACUUUGAGUUUACCAGUAAGGUAUUUGAAGGGAAUAUGUAUGCUGAUUCAAAUACACGUAGAGCUGCAAUUGUUUCCAGGACUUGUGUCAUGUUCUGAACACAUGCCUUACAACACCUGUGAGCUGUACUGUAUGUGUUGGAUAUCUAGCAGCAUGUAAAUGAUGGCCUGAUGCUUGUAUUUUCAAAGAGUUUUACUCGAAUCAACUCUCCAAAAAUUAUAUUUGGAGAAUAUUUAAGAGAUGAAUAGAUUUGAAAGUCAUCACAUGCCUGACCAAAAAUACUUCAAUUCUUUUGAUUUCAAAGAAUUCUAUAAUUGCUGAUCGCAAAAGUAAAACUAUUGUUUCUAGAAGCAUUUAGUUUGCAACAUAAGAAUUGAUAGACUAUAUUCAGAUUCAUUUUUAUUUUUAUUUGGCGAGAGACAUAUAUAUAGUUCUGUAAAGUAUGAUAAUUUCUGUGUUACAUAUGAUUUGCUGAUGUUUGCUUCGACGGAGCGCUAUAGAGCUUUAUUCAUUGAAAUAUAUUCAUGUAUGUAGCCUUGCAGAUAUAGAGUUACAUGAAUGUGGUAUUUAUUACUCAGUAAUGAUACAUUUUCAGAUUUUGUAUCGUUGAUUAUAGUAUUACAUGAUGUCGGUUAUCAUGAGCUUUGACAGUUCACAGAGUUCAUUUCCUGCCCAGUUGUACAAAGUCUAGUCACAACGUAAAAAGAUAAAGACAAAAAUCUAUAUUACUGAAAAGCACCCUUCUAUCAAAGGUACUAUUUAAUAUUUUAUAGUGAAAAUUGAAAUAAUUUAAAGAAUGUGAAAGCCAUCUUAGAAAAUACUUGAAAAAUUGCCUAUUUUGUUAGUCUGUUUUGCAAACACAAGUCGACAAGUAUAUGGUCAUAAUAUCUACAUAUUUCGAUUUUUGGUUUUAACAUACAUGACCGUCUGUUUUGGCUAUUUUAAUAUUGAUAAUACUUCAGAUUUAAGUUUGAUUAUUUAUCCUUAUAAAUGUUAAGUUGUACCAUAAGAAAUCUUGUUUCCAUGUCAUAAAGGUUCCAAAAAAAACCAAAUAACUCCCAUUUUUUUGCAUACAUUGUACAUUUAUAGAAGAUUUUAAGUUUUCAGAAAGCAUUUUGGUUUUAACACCUAGAAUUCCAGUUCUCUUUACUUGAAGUUAUGUUUUCUCCUGCAAUUUGUAUCAUUAUUCUAUGAUUAUACAUAUUUAAUUGAUCUUUUCAUUUUGGUAAAUAAUACUAAAAAUGGUAAUUUCCCUAUUAUUUUGGGAAGGGCUUCUGUAAAAAAAAGAAAUUCUUUUGAUUGAUUGGUGCACAUUGAAAUACCGAUUUUGUUUUGGUCUAUGAAUUUUCUCAGUCGUCCAGAUCAAAGAUUUAUAACAGAGUUUUAAAAUCUUAGUUCAAGUUAGUUAUUGAUAGCAACGUCAUAUAUCAUUAACCCUCAUUGUAGUACUUGCUCAUAUAAUACCUUGCUAAUAUUAACUUUGUUAACUGCUUAAUGACGAUAACAUUUGCUACCAUGUAUCAUGCUUUUCUUAUAUGUAAAAAAUUUCUUGCUCUAUUUCCCUUAUCAAUAUGCUAAACCAGAUGAAAGAAAUGCUGAUAUCUCUGGCAUAAAAUGGCGGUUUACGCAUAAUUACUUGUGAAGGGGAAAUAUAACCUGUUGGUGAUGAAUUACUAUAAUUAUAGUGAGACGUCCUGUCUUUUAGUUAUAAUCAUUGCUCGUUUAUUAUCGACUUCUCGUUGACGUGAAUGCACAGAUAUUUAAAGGGAGAGAAUAAUCACGGGUUUUGUUCUUAGUAGUGUCUUAUAGAGUGGAAUCAGUGGCAAGUAUUCUUUGUGCAAAAAAAAAAAUGUUAUAUCUCUGAAGAAAAACAAAUGUUCAAUUGAAACGACCGAUGGAUGUAUCAAGUUUUGACAAAAUACACAUCUUGUGAAAUCAAGGAA